GGAACUUUUAUAGUCAGGUAUAAUUUUAUUGUGAUGUUUGUUUCCACAAAAGAGAAUUACAGACUUAUGAAACUUUCAUGUGGUAUAAUUCAGGUUAUUCUUCCAUCUCAACAAAUGAGAAAUACUAAGAGCCUAGGAAGGAAACUUACUAUCAGCAGUGGUAAUUCAGUGAGUCUCAGAGUGCCACAAAGAUGUUCUAAGUGAUAAUCUAUAUAUUCAUUAUGUAUAAUGUUCAAUUAUUCAAACACCCCUGUCUUCUCAGUCCCUCAUUAUGUUGGCUCUCAACAAUACCAAUACUCAGCCUUUCACCUUCCUCUUGACGGGUAUCCCAGGCUUGAGAGCAGCCCAGAACUGGAUCUCCAUCCCUUUUUGUCUCCUGUAUGUCAUCGCCCUGUCUGGGAACAGCAUGAUCCUGUUUGUGGUCCUUCAUGAACAGAGCCUCCAUGAGCCCAUGUAUUAUUUCCUCUCUAUGCUGUCAGCCACAGACCUGAGCUUGUCCCUCUGCACACUUUCUACCACCCUUGGUGUCUUUUGGUUUGAAGCUCGAGAGAUCAACUUAAAUGCCUGCAUUGCCCAGAUGUUCUUUCUCCAUUCGUUUACUUUCAUGGAGUCUGGGGUCCUGCUAGCCAUGGCCCUUGAUCGUUUUGUGGCCAUCUGUGACCCACUAAGAUACCAAACCAUUCUCACCAAUGCCAGGAUUGUUCAGAUUGGGGUGAUCGUGUUGAUAAGGAAUGUUGCUGUCAUGUUGCCCGUUGUGCUUUUUGUCAAGAAGCUGUCCUUUUGCAGUUCCAUGGUCCUUUCACAUUCUUACUGCUACCAUGUUGAUCUCAUUCAGCUCUCAUGCACAGACAACAGAGUCAAUAGCAUCCUUGGCCUGUUUGCACUCUUCUCCACGACAGGAUUUGACUGCCCUUGCAUUUUGCUCUCCUAUGUCCUGAUCAUCCGAUCUGUCCUCAACAUUGCUUCCUCAGAGGGGCGGCAGAAGGCCUUCAGCACCUGCAUAUCCCACAUCAGUGCUGUUGCCAUCUUCUACAUCCCACUCAUCAGCUUGUCUCUUAUUCAUCGCUAUGGCCAUUCAGCACCUCCAUUUGUCCACACCAUCAUGGCGAAUGUCUUCCUGCUCAUCCCACCUGUGCUCAACCCUAUCAUCUACAGUGUGAAGACUCAGAAGAUUCGACAGGUUAUUGUCAAGGUCUUAAUUCAGAAACAGCUCCGAAUCUAAUCAUUAGUUGAUUUAGAGUAGGGAUAAAACUGUUUAUGUAUGAGUGCUUUGAUAGAUUAUAGCAAUUGUCUCCAAAAUGCCUAGAUAUGUCUCCAAUAUUCCAGACUCUGCAACUUAUUGGUUAUACAUUUGCUUGAUUUUCUUCCAUUAAGUACAUAUUAAUAAAACAUAAAUUGUUAUUUUGUUUUCAAGAUAAAGUGAGAUAAUGUAUAUAAACAACUAUUCAUAUUCUAAGUAGUAUGAUCCCAGAAAAUAUUCAAUUCAGAUUCUGCAUAUAAUUCUAAAAAGUCCAGAUUUAAUGUUUGAAAUUUUAUUUAUAAGCCAGUAAUUCUUUCC